AUGUUAGACAAUCCCAACAACGCCAUAAGACCCGACUUCAGUGCUACGGGAGAACACGCGAAUGCCAGAGCUCGCCUCAUUGACAAAGGCAUUGCAGACGAUGCCUUAGCAGCAGAAGCAUUAGACACAAUCUGGACCUUGAACAACGAAGCUGCCAAGGACGCCUGGGCAGAACAGGAAGAAGACGAACAGAGACAAGCACAAGAUGCUCGUUGUCGCGCUGCCGAAUUAGACCAAGAACGCCAGUGCGUUCUCGAAGACGAGUUGACUGCAGCACGCAAAGAAGAGCUCAAAAAGAACAAAGCCAAGUUCGUUCCAGUCUCGAACGCCAAAAUCCCCACUAUCCCUGUCGUCAUUCCCUCCAGUUAUGCAGUCAGGAAACUCAAGGCAGGGGAGUACUGCGAAUUGUACUACUUCACCAACAGAGGUCUGAACGAAGCCAAGAAAAACCUCCUCUCAACGGAACCUCAAGGCAUGAUCUUACUCCCAAGAGAAGACGGCCAGCAAAGGUGGGUGAACGCUGACGAAACCCGCGACUCCAAGACAAUUAUCACCAAGGAUGAAAAUCUCUCCUGGGAAGACUUCAACGAAGCCGCCCCACACAUAAUUGUAGCCAUG